UAGCACGUUGAUCCAGUCAACGAAGAGAAGUAAAAGAUCCCUGAGGUUGGUUGAUAGCAAAGAAAACAAUAAAACAGAAAGAGAAACAAAAAAAAAUCGAGAUAAAAAAAGAUCAAGGAAGAAAAUGGUGGUCAAUUUCAAAGUGUUUAAGAAGAGUUCGCCAAAUGGGAAGAUCGCAUUGUACGUUGGUAAAAGAGAUUUCAUCGAUUAUUUGUCAGGGGUAGAACCGAUCGACGGUGUCAUUUUAUUGGAUCAGAAUUACGUCGAUACUGGUAGAAAGGUAUGGGGCCAAUUGAUAUGCAGUUUCCGAUAUGGUCGAGAAGAGGACGAAGUUAUGGGAUUAAACUUUCAAAAGGAUCUUUACUUGGUCUCCGAACAGUUAUAUCCUCAAGCAAGCAAGAUGGAGUCUAAUUUAACAAGACUGCAGGAAAGGUUGUUGCAGAAACUGGGCCCAAACGCCAUACCCUUCACCUUCAACUUCCCCCAGAGUGCUCCUUCGAGCGUGACCCUCCAACCAGGCCCCGAAGAGACGGGUGAACCAUGCGGCGUAAGUUACUUCGUUAAGAUUUAUUCCGGCGAAACGGAGACAGACGUUACUCACAAAAGAAGUACAGUCUCCCUCGGAAUAAGGAAGAUUCAGUAUGCGCCUACAAAACAGGGCCGACAACCGUGUACCAUCGUACGUAAAGAUUUCCUAUUGAGUCCUGGGGAACUCGAACUCGAGGUCACGCUCGAUAAGCAACUUUAUCAUCACGGGGAGAGAAUAGCGAUCAAUGUGAGCGUUAGAAACAAUAGUAACAAAGUAGUUAAGAAGAUAAAAGCAUUGGUACAGCAAGGCAUUGACGUGGUCAUCUUCCAAAAUGGUCAAUUUCGAACGGUAAUCGAUGCGGUUGAAACCCAAGACGGUUGCCCGAUAAGUCCUGGCUCGAAUCUUCAAAAGGUACUCUAUCUUAAGCCCGAUUUGGAAAACAACAAGCAUCGUCGGGGUAUUGCCCUGGAUGGUCGAUUGAAACGCGAGGAAGCUGAAUUAGCGUCCAGCACGCUCUUGACCUCGCCCGACGUACGCGAUUCUUUCGGCAUAGUUGUCUCCUACGCCGUCAAGGUCAAACUUUAUCUCGGCGCAUUGGGUGGCGAACUCUCCGCGGAAUUACCUUUCAUAUUCAUGCGCCCCAAACCAACUGACAGAAUCAAACUGGCUACCUCAGAUGGCGGUGUACUCGUCGAAAAUCUACAAGAGGAAAAUAUUAACGAAAAUUAAAUCAUAUGAUUCUUUAUUAAAUCCGAUCUGUACUUUCAUUUCUGUACAAAGAUCGAUCGCAAACGAUUACGAACAGUCUAAGAUAUCUAUUUUUUUUAUCGAAUCCUCGCAAACGACAAAUGAAAAAAAAAAAUGCGAUUGCGUUUAUCGAACCGGAAGGUAAAACGUUUAUCUAAAGAAUCUCAGGAUAUCUUGACUUAUCUAUUUCUCUAUGAUUAAUUCGCAUCGAUAAUUCGUUAAAUAUUAUUAACAAAAUCGUUAACCAAUAUAAUUAUACUCUCCUUAGACUAAUCCGCAGAAAUAAAUAGUAUGAUAAUCCUAUAUAUAUAUAUGCAGAAAUAUUUAUUGUAAAAUAAAAUAUAGACGAAAGUACACAUACGCAUAAAUGUAACGACGAAAAAACGAACAAUUACAUAUAUAAUCGCAUAUGUAUCUACCGUAGAACGAAUUUGAAAUAAUACAGAACAAAAAUU